AUGGAACAGCUGCAAAAAUCAAUGUACAAGAAACAGAAAAGUGCCUUGUUGGAGUUCCCUAAAGAAGUAGAAGAGGAUAAUUUCUUGAAAAACAUAUCCAGGAUGCCAAUACGUUUUAGUCACAAAGAUCUUCAAAUUGCUACCAACAACUUCACUACGAAACUAGGGAAAGGAGGUUUUGGCUCAGUUUAUGAAGGUGUUCUACCUGCUGGAACCCAAUUGGCUGUGAAACAAUUAGAAGGCCUUGGCCAAGGAAAGACAGAAUUCCAAGCUGAAGUUAGUAGUAUUGGUAGCAUUCAUCAUCUCCACCUGGUGAGGCUGAAAGGCUUUUGCACAGAAGGUGCCCACAGGCUCCUUGUUUAUGUAUACAAGGCAAAUGGUUCACUGGAAAGAUGGAUCCUUAAGGAAAACAAAGUUGAUUUCUUGGAUUGGGACACAAGAUAUGAUAUAAUUGCUUUAGGCACAGCCAACGGAUUAGCUUAUCUCCAGGAAGACUGUGAUGUAAAUGUGCACUGUGACACUAAGCCUGAAAAUGUGCUCCUAGAUGACAACUUUCUUGCAAAGGUUUCGGACUUUGGUCUUGCUAAGCUAAUAAGCCGAGAGCAGAGCCAUGUUUUCACAACACUACGGGGCACAAGGGGUUACCUUGCACCAGAGUGGAUCACAAACUAUGCAAUAUCAGACAAGUGUGAUGUCUAUAGUUAUGGAAUGGUAUUGCUUGAGAUCAUUGGUGGUAGAAAAAACUAUGAUACAUCUGAAACAGAAGAAAAAUGCCAUUUUCCUUCAUACGCUUUUAAGAUGAUGGAGCAAGGUAAACUGAAGGACAUUCUUGAUGUGAAACUACAAAUUGCAGAAGAUGAUGAAAGGGUGUCCAUAGCAAUUAAGGUAGGUCUUCGGUGUUUACAAUAUGACAUGCACCUUAGACCAUCAAUGACAAAAGUAGUCCAGAUGCUUGAACAAGUAUCUCCUGUUCCUCCACCUCCAUCUUCUCAGCAGAUGAACUCACAUAUCUAUUUGAGUUCCUUCAAAUCAACGAGUGAGCACAGUACUUCUUUAGAGCCAUUAAAUCUCAAUAGUUGUGCUGAUUUUUCAGCAGUAAGGCUUUCAGGACCAAGAUAG